AUGUCGUCUGGGAGUAGAUACGAGGCCGAUAUUGACGCUCUUUUACAAUCUAGGGAUAGUAAAAACACCCAAAAGGUGGUGAAAACCGCCCUGAAGCUCUUACAAGACUACCUUAUUGAAAAAUAUGAAUUAAGCCUCGAGGAUAUGGAAAAAUUGUCGAUUGUUGAGAUGUCCGAAAAACUGAAGAAAUUUUACGCUGAACUGAGAAAACCCGACGGAAGUUACUAUGCCAAGAAAUCAUUAAUAACAAUGAGGUUUGGACUUCAAAAACAUUUUUUAAAGAAAACAUCAGUGGAUAUCAUUAAUUCAGAUGAGUUUAAAUCAUGCAACGAAGUUUUUAAAGCUAUGUUGGUGAAGAUCAAGCGCGAGGGAGCACCCGAGGUAAAACAUAAACAAACAAUCUCAACAGAAGAUCUAAACAAACUUUAUGAAAGUGAAGCAUUUUCUCUGAAUACAGCUAUGGGGCUGUUAAACAGAACAUUCUUCGAAAUAGUUUACUACUUUUGCAACCGUGGUCAGGAAAACUUGAGAAGCUUUCAAAAAACAGAUUUCUCAGUGAGAACAGAUCCAGAGGGGAAAAGAUAUGUGUGCAAAGUCAAACAUAGGGAGGAGAAAAAUCAUAGAGGGGACGAUCUCACGGACGACCAAACAAAUCAGGCCAGGAUGUACGAAAUGCCAGGAAAUCCCCGUUGCCCUGUGAAUAGUUUCAUGAAGUAUAUUGUGAAGCUGAAUCCUGAUAACCCAAAUCUAUGGCAGCGCCCUAAAUCAUCCGUAUCAGAAACGCAAUCGGUUUGGUUCGACAACAUUCCCCUUGGAAAAAAUACGCUUGCGGCGAUGAUGUCCACUAUUAGUAAGAGUGCUGAAAUAUCUACUAUAUAUACCAAUCACUGUAUUCGAGCCACGUGCAUAACAAAUCUUGACAGGCAGGGAAUUGAGGCAAGACAUAUAGUUGGAAUAUCUGGUCACAAAAAUAUAUCUAGUAUUAUGUCUUACUCUACGAGGUUGAGUGACCAGAAACAAUUUGAAAUUUCGAAAAUACUUUGUGAAAGUUCUAAAACUUCCUAUGGAAAUUCUAAUGCAGCAGCUUGCAGUGACUCUGGUGUACAGGAGAAUCAGAUUGAUUUCUUAGAUGAUUUUGAUGUCGACACAUUUUUUGCCGGAUUAGAAAACUUUGAACUACACAAUGUUAAAAGUGUACAAAGCGCUCCAUCAGCUUCCUCUACAAAAAACACUGAAUGUGGGGUCAACAUACACAAUUCUACUGUCAACAUUAACAUUUACACAAAUAAACUGUAA